ACGCUUAAAAACCAGAUGCAAAAACGAGGCACAUCUUGAUCAAUCUGCUAAAUGCCGUGAAUGCAUAAAACGUAAUGUUGUAUGCACUUAUCCCCAUAGCACCAAAAAACGUGGACGUAGACCUAAGAAAGGUUAUACAAAUAAUAAAAGAAUCGCUAUAACUCCUCCUUAUAAUAACGAACCCUCUACACAUCACUUUGAUGAUGAACAUUCUACACAUCCUUUCAAUCAUGAACACUCUACACAUCCUUUCGAUAAUGAUCCCUCUACACCUUCUUCCGAUGAUAAACCCACUACGUCUCCUUCUGAUAAUAAACUCUCUACACCUUCUCCCAACAAUGAACUUCCAAGAGCUAGAAUAAAGCUUGAUAGCAGCUUGCUUAAAAAUGAACAAUCAUAG